AUGGCGGCUAGAUCUUCAUCUAUCGUUCGGCGCUCAUUGCUCUAUGUCCCCGGCUCAUCGCAAAAGAUGCUCACAAAGUCUCUCGGUCUCAGCUCAGACAACGUAACCUACGAUCUCGAAGACUCUGUCACACCGUCUCUCAAAGAUACAGCUCGCAAUCAACUCCGCGAGCACAUAUUUAGCCUCAAAGCCCGCCCCUCCGGCAUCUCUGAGCUUGCGGUUCGCAUCAAUGCUGUUUCUACUCCUUUUGCACUCUCAGAUCUAACCACUCUGGCUCCUCUGCGUCAUGUCGAUGCGGUGGUGGUUCCCAAAGUUAACUCGGCAGCUGAUCUGACUUUCGUUACCGACGUUCUUCGACAUGUUGCUCCAGAGCGACAUACAGCAGAUGCAGAUAAUCCCACCAAGAUUAUCGCCCUCAUAGAGUCUGCGCGUGCUGUCAUGGAUUUGUCACAAAUCUGCAAGGCAUCUCCUUACCUAAGUGGCUUCAUCUUUGCUGCCGAGGAUUUUGCUCUCGACCUGUCUCUGACGAGAACCCCGUCGUUAACGGAAUUUCUGUACGCAAGGUCAGCAAUAGUCACCGCUGCCCGAGCUGCUGGACUACCGAGUGCCAUUGAUCUUGUUUGCACUUCUUACAAGGGAGAUCAGGGGCUCAAGACUCUUGAGGAAGAAUGUGCUGGAGGCAAAUCUAUGGGUUUCAAUGGAAAGCAAUGCAUUCACCCAAGCCAGGUCGAAGUCGUACAGCGCAUGUUCGCACCUGACCAGAAAGAGGUCGAAUGGGCUGUAAGAAUAUCUAUUGCUGACGAGAAGGCUUCAGCUUCCGGUCGAGGUGCUUGGACCCUUGAUGGCAAGAUGAUCGAUGCUCCCGUUGUCGGGAAGGCUGGUGCUGUAAUCGCAAAGGCAGAGCAAUGUGGUAUCGAUGUUCAAAGCCUGAGAAACACGUGGAAGGACCAAGGACCAGAGUAA